UUGUUGAGAGUUCAAUUGGCACGAGUCACGCUAUUAUCAUAUUGCCUACCUUCCUAUCCAAGAAGAAAUAUAAGAUAUAGACAUGCUUCCUUACGUUUCUCCAGAGUGAUUCUCAACAAAUUUGCUUAAAAUUAGUUCUUUAUCCUUAUUCAACAUAUCUGCUUUGAUAGCAAAUCAAUCAUGUUAUUUCAAUCUCGUCUUCCCAAACUGGCAAUACCCAAUACCGAUGUGUUCCACUACCUCUUUCAUCAGGGGCGCAGGAGCUAUUCUCGAGAGCGGAUUCUCUAUCGAGUAGACGGCUCGGACGAGACUCUUACAUUGGCACAGCUGGAAGAAAGAAGCGAGAAGCUUGCUAAGGUCUUGAUUGCUUCGUACUCAAUCAAGCCUGGAGACGUAAUUACAAUUCUCGCGACAGAUAGUAUCAACUUUCCCAUCGCAUUUUUUGCAAUUCUGGCAGCUGGAGCAACUGUGUCUCUGAUUCCCAUCCAGAAAGACCUUGGGUAUCUGGAUGUUGCUGGGAGACUUGUGCAAUCUGGUUCCAGGUUGAUUUUCACAGACCAGGCGCUCUUGAGCAUUGCAGAAACUGCGUUGGCGAUCAUUGGCGUGAUUCCAGUGAUUACUUUGGAGGAGGUCGAUUCCAGAUUUCCCAGAUAUCCACAUCUCGAUGUUCUCCUGAAACAGGAAGUCAGCGCUCCGAGGUUUCACCUCAACAGUGUAAGCGAUUCUAGAAAGCACAUUGCUUUCAUCAACAGCACCAGUGGAUCAACGGGAAAGAUGAAGUCGGUUCUAACAUCCCAUGCACAUUUUAUUGCCGUGAUGGAUGCGACUCGGGCCACCGUUCCCGAGAAUACCAACCCAGAAGAGGAUGUUUGGACAUCCACGAUCUCUCUCGGAUAUUACAUCUGCGGCAAGCUCUUCAUGGGGUUGAACAUCCUACUCGGCAUUCCAGUUGUUCUACUGAAGAAGCCUCUUGAUAAUACCUCCCUGGACGUUAUCACUCAACACAACAUUACCUUUCUAUUCAUUACACCCACGCUCGCAGCCCAGAUCGCGAAGGCCGAUACAACAAACCAGGACUUCAGCAGCAUUAAGUGGUUGCUUUCAGCAGGUGCUCCCAUGCAUGAAAAGCUGCGAUGUUCGGUUUCUCAGCAGCUGAACGGCAAGCAUCUAACUCUCGAGUGGGGCACGACCGAGACCAUGCUUCUUGCUAUACAAGUCGAUGAGCAGACUUGCGUUCCUGGCUCAAGUGGUACACUGACCAAUGGAAUUGAAGCGAAAGUGAUCGACACGGAGACCGGCGAGGAACUUGGUCCUGGUGAAGAAGGGGAAAUCUUGGUACGCAAUAGUCUCUGUCCGUUCGUGGGCUACAAAGACAACGACGAAGCCAACAAAGAUUUUGAUUCCGAGGGCUUCUUCCACACAGGCGAUGUUGGAUACCUGGACAGCACAUGCAAUGUCUUUAUCAAAGACCGCCUCAAAGAGCUGCUCCGAGUAGGCGAAGGCUACGGAUCCAGAAUUUCGACUUCGGAUUUGGAAUCUGCCCUGUUUGAUCAUCCAGCCGUUGCUUCCGCUGUAGUGGUAGGGAUCCGUGACGAAUCAACACAAAUCUACCAUCCGACUGCGUUCGUGAUUCUGCAGCCAGGCUACGAUGCAAGCAGUGAAACCGCGAAGGAGAUUGAGAGGCACACGACACGGGAACUGACAGGCCUUAAACAGUUGUCUGGUGGAAUUUAUUUCGUGAUUAAGUAUCCUACGGUGGGGUUCAAGAUCAACCGUGGAAAACUGAAGAGUUUGAUUCAUAUUGAGGAGGGGCAGGUGAAAACUUCGAUGACGCAUACGAGACUGCUUGAGGUGGCUGUUUGAGACUAACGUUAUAUUGCGUGCUUUUUUCGAUAGUUGUGAAUUUUUAGUACCAAAUCUCAAGAAACGUC